AUGGAAAAUUCGAAAAAUGUGAAGGUGUUGAUCCAGAAGCGUGGCCAAGUAAAGGUGAAGGUCACACGGAUCUUCAAUUCCCUGACUGCAGCAGAAACUGCGAACAAGAGGCUACCGCUUCCCUUAUUGCGGGUUUACUCCAAGAACUUGCAAGUGAUUUAUCAAGAAUACAACGAGCUUCACGAUGCCAUCAGCGCCUCUGUGGAAGAGGAGAACGUCGAUGCUCAGGAAGAAAGGUAUAUUGCAUUCGAAGCCCUCUACAAUGAAACCUUGGUCAUGAUAGAGACGAUGAUCGAGAUGAUUGAGAUGAAGAACAGAGCAACCCUGCCCGUGCCAGUGCCUUCGACAUCAGCAAGAGCGAACCAGGCUUCAAGUCAACCUGUCAUCAUUCACACCCAGUCUUACCGUACUCCUCUACCAACCUUCGACGGUCGUUAUGAAGCAUGGCCACGCUUCAAGGCCAUGUUUCAGGACAUGAUGCAGCGAUCAAACGAUUCCGACGCUGUAAAGCUGUAUCAUUUGAAAAAUUCGCUGAAUGCAGAUGCUGCAGGUGUGAUCGACUUGGAGACACUGCAAACCAACAAUUAUGCACGAGCAUGGGAGAUCCUGGAAGAACGAUUUGGAAACCAGCGAUUGAUCAUCGAGUCACACAUCCUUGGCCUCCUGAAUAUGCAAAAGGUUCUCAAGAAAUCAUCAAAGGAUCUGCGCAACCUGGUAGAUGAAUGCACCCGUCACGUCGACAAUCUCGUUAAGCUCAACCAGCGUUUAACCGGAAUGUCUCAGUUGUUUGUGGUGACACUACUGACACGUGCCUUAGACGACCAGACUUGUGAACUCUGGGAAGCUUCAAUCAACCAGUCCGAGCUUCCUGAGUAUGAGCAGAUGAUCGCAUUCCUGAAGCAGCGGUGCGUGAUUCUGGAACGAUGUGAAACCACUACUCCUACCGCAGCAUCUAAGACACCGUCGCAUGCUGCAAUAGCAACAUCGGAAUAUGCGUGCGACUUUUGUUCCGGCCAGCACCAGAAUUUCAAAUGCUCGACUUUUCAAAGGAUGACCGUAGACCAGCGUCAAGACAAGCUGAAAGCGAUGAAUCUGUGCUUCAAUUGCCUGAGGAAGGGCCACCGUAGUGCAGCGUGUCCAAGCUGCGGAAAGUGUUCGAAAAAGCACCACACUCUAGUUCAUUUCGAGCAACGGGAGAAACCUGAAGUAAGAACGAGUGAGCCGCCUAAGCCAGCCGAAGUAGAGCCAGUACCAGCAGUGGCGGAGCAGCCUGUGAAUGCUUCCUGUUCCAGCGUGUUUCGUUCACCAAGCAAGCAGGUGUUCCUAAUGACAGCGAUGGUCAUUCUGCGUUCUAAAGGAGGCCACACUCACCAGGUUCGAGCAUUGCUGGAUUCUGAAUCACAGAUCAAUUUGUUGUCGGAGUAUGUGGUGAAGAAAUUAAACCUGCCGAAAUUCCCAGCUAAUGUUCCUGUUGUCGGCGUAGGAGGUACGCGUUCCCAGAUACGCCAUCAAACGGUGGUGAGAAUGACAUCCAACUACAGCAACUUCACUGCCAAUGUUGAUUGUCUCGUCACACCGAAGGUGACUGGCACCAUUCCGUCGGCAAAUGUUAGAGUGGAUUCCUGGCAUAUUCCAUCCAGUGUACUGUUGGCCGAUGCUUCAUUCAACCGUCCACGAGAAGUGGAAAUGCUGGUUGGUGCCGAACAUUUCUUCAACAUUCUGAAGCAAGGCCAAAUCAAACUUGCCGAUCACCUGCCUACCUUGUACGAAACGCAGUUCGAAUGGGUCGUGGCUGACUCGUACGAGGAAAUGCAAGAAGAUUCUUCAGUAUGUGUCAACCGUGCUGUGACCGAUGGAUUGGAAGCAUGCUUGCAGCGGUUUUUCGACCAAGAGGAAAUCGCUGAACCAGCAAUGAUGACGAGUGAAGAAGAACGUUUCGAAGAACACUUUCAACGGACUUAUCGUCGUAAUGAAGAUGGACGAUUUGUUGUCCAGCUGCCAUUCCGUGAAUCAGUGGACCAGUUGAAAAGUUCCAGAUCCCUGACGUUGAAACGAUUCCUGUUGUUGGAGAAAAGAUUGGCGCGAGAUCCUGACCUGAAGGCUCAGUAUGCGGAGUUCAUCGACGAAUACCAAUCGUUGGAUCACUGCCGUGAAGUGAGGGAGGAAGAAGAUCCUCCUGGUCUACAAUCGUACUAUCUGCCGCAUCACUGUAUCUUCAAGCCAUCCAGUAGCAGCACAAAGUUUCGUGUUGUGUUUGACGCAACAGCCAAAGCGAGUGAACUGUCCCUGAAUGACGUACUUAUGACCGGAACCAGCAGCCAAAGUGACCUGUUCAGCAUCGUACUACGUUUUCGAACCCAUACCUACGUUUUCACCGUAGACGUAUCCAAAAUGUACCGACAAAUUCUCGUUGAUCCCUCCCAGACUCGGUACCAGAGAAUCUUCUGGCGAGGACACCUGUCGGAAGCACUGAAGGUCUUGGAGUUAUUGACCGUUACCUACGGUACAUCAGCGGCGUCGUUUCUCGCUGUGAGAUCACUUAUCCAGCUAGCCCGUAACGAGAGUGAGGAUUAUCCAGAAGCGGCCGAAGUUAUCCUGAAUGAUUCCUAUAUGGACGACAUUCUGUCUGGUUCGGAUUCAAUUGAGUCAACCAAGAAGUUACGUCGUGAUUUGGAGGAGUUGAUGCUGAAAGGAGGAUUUCCAAUUCGAAAGUGGUGUUCCAACUCAGAAGAUGUGCUUGAAGGAAUUCCUGAUGGAAAUCGAGAGACCCUAGUGCCCAUUCAGGACUCCAGCGGAAAUGAAGUAAUCAAGGCUUUGGGACUUCUGUGA